GCACCAGCCAGCAUUCAGCAGCAGUAGCCUCGUCGUGGCUAAAGGGGCUUCGGGAUGUCGUGCCACGGCCGCUAGUCCGUCGUCGCGGUGUGUCCGUCGUGCGUUAACGGUCCUCGUCACGCGUUACCCCCCGAUCGACGUGCAGUUACGACAGGGUGCCAGGUACUUCGAGUUCGUCGAGUUCGUUCGUUUCCGCAUCCGGGCUACGUUCGAUCCACGAGACCGGUUUCCGAGAGCGGUUCGGUGCGCGUCGAGGAAAACACGAUCUCCUGGAGGACUCCGAGAUCGAGAGAACCGAUCGUCGGUUUCCGACGAGAUAGAAAAAUCCGGGAAUCGAGGGAACGAACGACGACGUUGUCGAGUAAAAACGUGUACGAAAGAACGCGAACGAUCAGUUCGUCCGACAGUGAGCGACACGAGGAGUCGGAGGUACCUGUAGGAUCGAAAGACGCUCGCGGCCGAAGGAAGAUUCUUCCGCGGACGUGUCUCCGACCGAUCGGUCAGUGUUCGGACUGAAACGGCUCGCGAGGAAUCCGUGCGCGGACUGUUGAUACGUCGUUUCGCACUGGUGCCGCGUGGAUCCGCAAGUGAAUAUCUUCGUUGUUCAACGUUUCCGGCGGAGACGGUCGCGCGGAGUGCAGUGGGAUAAAUGUUUCAUGGACAGCCGUGCCUCUCGCGCAGGUAAUACCGAAGCGAGCGACUCUCGGAGGGCAUCGAAGGCGGGCGACGCGGCUACUCGACGAUAUGUCCUCGGAAAUCCACGGACUCUCGUGAAAAAAUAAGCUUCGAGGUUUAAGGCUCGGAACGGCGACAAAAUGGCGGACAAUCUGAGAAGAAGACGGUACCUCACCAUCAGCAUACUCCACAUCAUCACCAUUAUGUGCCAAGCGCUGUCCGACCGACCAAUGUUUGCCGAGCCAAUACCGAACGUCACCGUGCCAGUGGGCAGAGAUGUCAGCCUACCGUGUGUCGUCGAAAACCUCGGUAAUUACAAGGUGGCGUGGGUCCACGUGGGCCGUCAGAUGGUGGUUACCGUUCACAAGCACGUGGUCGUCAGGAUACCGAGGUUCACGGUGUCCCACGACAACCAGAAAACCUGGCUGCUUCACAUAAGCAGCGUGCAACAAGACGAUCGGGGUUACUACAUGUGUCAAGUGAACACGAUCCCCAUGAUGAGCCAGGUCGGCUUCCUGCAAGUAGUCGUGCCGCCCAACAUAUUGGAUUCGCUGUCUACCGCGAGCACGGUGGCAAUACGAGAAAAUCUCAACAUCAGCCUGACGUGCAAAGCGGACGGAUACCCGACGCCGAAAAUAUCGUGGAAGAGGGAGGACGGGCAGAGUAUAAUGAUCAACAAACAUGAAAAAGUGUCCACGUACGAUGGAGAACAAUUAAACUUGACGAAGAUCACGCGCAAUGAAAUGGGCGCGUACCUGUGCAUCGCGACCAAUGGCGUGCCGCCAACAGUCAGCAAGAGGAUCAUCGUGGACGUAGAGUUCUCGCCGCUGAUCUUCGUACCGAAUCAGCUGGUCGGCGCGCCAGCUGGCACCAACGCGACGAUCGACUGCCACACGGAGGCGUUCCCGCGCGCGAUGAACUACUGGUACUUCGGCGAGGAGAUGGUGCUCUCGAACGAUAAGUACACGACGAACAUCAUGGAGAACAGUUACAGGGUGCACAUGAAGCUCACCAUCACGAACGUGCAGGAUAGCGACUUCGGGCUCUACAGUUGCAUCAGCAAGAACUCGCUGGGCGAGACCGAGGGCUCUAUUAGGCUGUACGGAAUCGCGAAGCCGUCCGCGGCGCCGAAGGCCACGGAGAUCAAGAGCAGCGCCAACAAAGAAGGACAACCGAGCACGCCGUCACCAGCAAAAAGCCCGACCACCGUGUGGCCCUCCUCGUACAACCCGUACUAUACGAAAAGGACAGAGAGGCCGCCUCCCCCGAGCGAGGAGAGGGUCGAGAGGCCAGAGCAGAAGCUGCGUGGUGGCCAGAGCACAGGUAGCGCGUACAUCAUCAGGUGGAGCGCGCCGCAGCUGAUGGUGGUCGCCGUGCAGUACAUCCUCACGGGGCCCUACAUGCCCCCGUACGUGCCCCAGGCGGCGAAUUAG